CACGUUGCAUACCGGGAACAAUGCUUGCUGAGGACGCACAUGGAUUCCAUCAUUCCCGGUAUCGAAAAACAAGCUGUCAACCGUUCUUGGAAACAUAGCAACAACAAAACGAAAGACUCAACAUGGCCAUGGAAAGAUUAACAUUGCCGAAGAAGCCAAUAUUGCAUUUUGGGGAUGGCAGUUUGUCGGCAGCAAAACUACCAACUGUUCCAGAUGGUGCACCGCCGACGUGGUGUGCGCUGCCUUUGGAUGCUAAACUCCCGAUGAUCCCUGCACCCAAAGGAGCAAUAGUCUUGUACACCACAAACCUUUGUGAAAUGAUCCAUGUUAAUGGAAAAGACCUCGACUUUGAUCUGAAUGAUCCAUGCGCUCAUUACAUGACGAAUGAGUACAAACCAUUACACGACCCUCAUCUGAAAUCAAUGUUGACCACACCAACGAUGCGUCGCCGACUAUACAAGGCUGGCUUCAUCACAAAGGAUGGAAAAGUGAAAUGUAAUCUUCAAGAGUUCAAUGAAUAUCGACUGUAUCUUAGAAAGAAGAUAUUAGACCAACAAAAACAACUGCGAAGACGAAAGGAUGUUGAAAACAUAUACGGGAGCGGCAAAAAAUCUAGGAAAUCUCGUUUAACUUACCACGCUAGCAGCAGCGACGACGAUGAAGAAGGUGAACCCUAUAACCUGUCUCAUAUCAGAGAGCAGAAAGCAAAAGAAGCAAAAGAACGUUUAAAAGCGCAAGAAGAGGCUGAGAAAGAGAAAUAUUGUCAGAUUCUAACUGAUGAUGAGAAAAGACAAGAGAGAAUAAAACAAGAAAAGAAAGCAUUUUUUGCUCAACUACAGCACGCCCAAAUGACAGAGUUUGAUAGGCGGGCUGAAAUAUUGAGAAAGAAAAAGGCUGAUGAUCGCAAACGAAAGUUGAAGAUGGUGAAACGCUGGAUACGAGAGGCAGAAGAGAGGGCUGUACGAGCAGAGAGACGUAAAAAGCAAUACCACCAUGAACAAAACAAGAAGUUAGAGAUUGCCUGGGAGACUCGUCGCCGCCUGCAAGAGCAGCGUCUCAGAGAUGAGGAGGAACGACGCAAAAAGAACGAGGCGCAACUGAAAAGGGAGGUUGAGAGAAGGAAUAGACGAGUCAGAAAACAACGUACUGCGCUUAAAAAGAAAUUUGAAGAAAGAAAGACCAUUGAGAGGCAUAGACGGCAGGUGGUCGAAGAGAAUUAUACAAGACACUGGCAAAAGACAGUAGAGGGACUGACCAAUCGGGAGAAAGAGGAGACUUAUCGUCAAAGGAAAGGCAAGAAACCUUCUAGUCGAAGGGGUCUUUAUGGUGAAAGCAACUGGACAGUUGAUGACAUUUUGAAGUCAUUUGCAGCCUCAGAACCAGAGACAGAUAUGGCAAUCAAUCGACGUCAUAACCGAGACGAUGUAGGAACAGGCAGAACAAGUGCACCUUUAACAACCAUUUCCACAUCUGAAAAGGAGAAGGAUGUAACAAUAGCAGUUGAAAUACCAAUUGUGCAUGAGUCACAAUUUGAUGUUGGACCACUCCAGGCGUCUGGUGAAUCUUUAGGUAGUGUCACUGUGAGUUCGCUUGGUUUGACCGACUUUCGUGGCAUGAAGCCUCGGGCUGGGAUAGAUAGAAAUAAAAAACGUGAUCGAAAGAAGAUAAAGAGUACAAAAACAAAGAAAAGUGGAAAAACUGCUAGUAUUUUGGAACUUCUGCAAGGAUCCAAAACAAUGCAAGAACGCAAAAGACAACGUGAAGAAAAAUUGAAAAAACAAGCGCAACUUGGCUUUGGUGAUAUCUCUGGUUUCAUCCCACCUACGACAACAGUCGUGGAGGAGGAGGAGGAGGAGGAAGAAGAGAUCACUCCACCAGAAGAAGACAUUAGUGAAUCAUUCGAAGAUUUUGUUGAGAGGGAUUCUGAGGAAGAACUAAGAAUAAAAGCUCAAUUCAUCGUCAGUUCAACAUUGGAGUUGGCAACAAAGAUUAUUUAUCCUGCCUACCUGAGGUAUCAGGCAGAGCUCCAGCAGGAACGAGUCCCCAAAACUAAAAUCACAAUUCAUGAGGAAGGCAGUGUGGAUGACUUUUAUGGUGAAAGGCCAGCAUCCCCGACACCCGAUUCAACUGGUGGUGUCCAAUUUGGAGAUCUAUUUGUGCCAGACUCAGACAAUGGUGCUGUAUCUGAUGAGGGUGAGAUUGUUAAUGUUAUAGAAAACGAGGCUGAGUCUGACGAUGACAUGUUUAUUACCACUGCUCGUGGUAGAGGAGUUAGAUUCAGUGUAGUUGAAGACAAGAUCCCGAAUCUGGAUAUCAAGGCAUUCGACAGUGAAUCCCUGACUGAUAUCUCCAGUGAAGAUGACGAUGUUUAUUUUGAUGACUUCACGGAGAGUGAUGAAGAAGUUGAAAUUACUGGUAUUGGUGCAAAGCUAGUUGCUAAGGAUUCUCUAACCAUUACACACAGCCACCAAUCCUGUCUCCCGUAUGAGCCGCCGUGUGACGAUAGACCUCCUACAAUGGAGGCAGUGGUAUCUGCAGAGUCUCUGAACAGACUAUUUGGACGAAUUUUGGAAGAUCUUGCAUCAGGAAAACUUAACCCAGAGAAGGUCUCAAUAAUAGCAAAAUAUGCAAAGGAAAUCGUUGAUGGUGCUACAAGUGACACAAGUUCCGAAACAGCAAGUAGGAGAGAAAGUGCUGAAUUUAGACCUGUUAAAAGAGUCUCCACAAUUUCCCUGCUGGCAAACGCAGCUGUGAAAGAGGUCAUGGAAAAAGUGUUUGGUAGUGUUAAGGCCGGUACCAUAAGUAAUGAUGAUAUGAGAGCACUUACUGUAGCGAUUGUUGAAGGCCAUACAUAUUCUGGAAAAAGCAGUAGAACUAGUUCGGCCAAACUUAUAGAUAAUUAUGAUAUGGCAACUGCUUCAACUGAGUCUCUGUUUGCCAUGGAACUGAUACGUGAGACAUUGUCUAAAGUGUUAACAGAUAUCAAGGGUAAACUGCUAAGUGCUGAUUCUAUUCACAAAUUAGCAGAAGCAAUUAAACCGACAGUACUAAGCAGGGAGUGCGUUAGUCCAAUGAGAAAAUUUUCUGCUGAGUCAAACACAUCAUUAAUGGCUGAAUAUUUUGUGAAGCAAACGAUAGAGAAUGUCCUGUCUGAUUUAGAAGAAACCGACAUUCAGGCUAAAACUAUUGAGUCAAUAAUCACUGAAGAUUUCAUUGAGCAAACCUUGACUCGAGCUUUGAAAGUCAUGACACCAAAGUCAAGUGAAUCAUUUUUGACUGAGGAGUUUAUAGAAGAAACAAUGCAAACAAUACUUCAAGAGUUUGCUCCAAAUGAGGUAGAACUGGCACUCACAGAGAGUAAAACUUCUAACUCGUCACUUUUGAUUGAAGAAAUGAUACAGGAAGUGCUUGAUAACGUAACGCAGGGUGUUUCUGAUGGUUUGGUCACAGAAUUCGAUGUAAACAAGAUAACAACCAAGAUCCAAGAGUCCUUAAACAAUCUUAAGUCAGAUAACACGAGCGACGGUGACGACUAUGAUGAGGUUGUGUCGAAAGAUCUAAUCACUGACAGCAUUGAUAAAAUCCUAAUACAGCAGCACCAAUUUGAGCCAUUGUUUGACGAGCAGCCUCUCUCCCAUAUCUCAAUGAGAACUCAAGAUGCGCUUCAUGUUCAGGGACCAGUUCCACAUAGAUCGUUUCGAUGCCUUCAACAUCCAAGUGACUCAGAAAAGGACCAACUUCAUACGCGUGAAAGCGUUGAGAAGCACAAUCGAAUAGGAGCCAUGACAAGUAGCCAAACAGAAUCUUUGAUGGAUAGUUAUCACAGCAUAAAAGCAGACUCCAGUUCUGACGAGUUAUUAAACAUUGUCGAACAAGAUGUCUCUGAUGAAAAAAUCAAAUUAUUCGAUGACAGUCACUUUGCAGAGGAAAUUCCAGUGAUUAAACCUAUAUUCAAAGGAAAACCUGUAGACAUCGACCCUGCUAUUAUCGCUGAUUCACUGUCUGCCAUAUCCCACAAGAGGCAAGCUAUAAGCGGGCCAUCACAGCGCCACUCAUUUCGGAGUCUUAUAAAGCCAGAUGUGAGUAAAGUGGAAUCUUUAAAAGAACAUUCUACCUCAGGACUGAGAAAUGAACUGAUUAAAAACUCCAGCCACAACCUAAACGAUCUAAACAAAUUGACAGAUAUAAUUGGGGAGGAACACAUUCUGCCAAUUCCAAUUGACGAGGCUAGGCGGGACAGUGGAGCCAAUGAAAUUGUCACAAAUGUUUUGGAAUUGAAUAAAUGUAGUUCUAACUCAACCGAGUCCACCGUGAAGAAAACCACUUCAAAUGCCUCAUUGGAAAAAAUGAAAAAUGCAGCUGAAAUAUACGCCAGUGGAACAAAAAGUUUUAAAAGAUUACAAUCCAAGACGUCUUCGGGAAAACGAUCAUCAAAAUCAAGUGCCACGUUCACGAAGGAAAAACCCCAGUGCAAAUUAUCUGUUGAUACAACCAAAUCAAACGCCAGUGCUUUACUUUACAAACAGGCAGAUAUUUCCUCAUCAAUGCCUCUUAUGGGCAAUAAAAUCAGUACAUCGAGUGGGUUGGUUUUAAAAAGUGACAAAGCACUGUUCAAAAUCAAGAAAGAUGAGCACAAGAAAAUAUUUUCAAAACAGCCUAAAAACGGUCAAAUUCCAAUUGCGAAUAAGUCAAGUAAAGAAAAAUUAAUAGCUGCAUCUGGAACCUCAAGCACAAAAAGUUCAAAGUCAAACCGCCAUUCUUAUUCCAGAGAGAAAAAUCUGGAUCAGCCUAGGUCAGAAUCUUGUGAGAAAUUAAGGACACCACAAUCGCAAAGUAAGAGACCGCUCACCAGUGAAAGUUUAAAUGACUCUAGCAAUCAAUAUGAAACUAAUGAUUCAACAGCGACUAGAAAAUGUAUAAGCAGCCAAAGUAAUAGGAGAAAUUCGUCGAAAACACCAACCUCAUUGACAAGCCAAACAAAAAGACGAAGUGAAACAUCUUUAAGAUCAAGAACUCCAAGUGCUAAAUCAUCUAAAAUAAAAUCAACUAACGGCCAAAGUUCUGAGAAAUGCUCAUCAAAAACUAUAAAAUCAAAUACACAAUCGUCUUUGAAUCGGGUAUCUUGUUCAAAUACGUCUAUGAAGUACUCCAAAAAACCUGUGACAGUGGUAACAGACGGACGUAACGACGAUUGCGAUUUUCAGUCUCGAGACGAUUCUGAAAUAGCCCCUGUUGCAGUGAAAUCAGUGUGCGGCUCCCAUACUUCCGUCGUGUCGGUCCGUUCCUCUCUGACAUCGGUUGAGAUGUCUGCCACAUCGUUGACAGUUAAAGACUCUAAGACAAGUAUGAGAUCGAAUCAAAGCGGUAUAUCAAUGUCAACGGGGCAGUCUACUAAUAAAGAUGAAGUAAACAGAAAUACUGAGCUAAGUGUGAAAGAAAAUGAUACUGAUAUUCCACUGCCUGAAAACAGCCCAGAUGAGUAUCCCAGGGGCUCUGUAUUGAGCGUUGCGAUGCGCAGUUUGGUCAAUUCAAGUACUAGUGUUACAAAUAAGGUAUCGGACGAUGUUCCUACAACUACCAACGAAUCUAACAACAGCUACAAUUCGAAACAAUGACACAAACAAACAAACAAAAAAACAAUUUUAAAUUUUAAAACAAUUUAAAUUAGAUUGACAUUCAUCGUGCAAGUCCAUUUCAACAUGCAUUUUUAACCAUGAACAUUUUUUCACGGGUGGCAAAGUAAAAGUAGUCUUUAAUGAGAACAGUAAAAUCGUCCUUCCGUUAUUUAUACUGCGCCCGGGAUACUGCGUGUCAUUGUGAUAUAUGUAAAUACAUUUUAUAGUAUGUUAUUCAACUGUAUUUUUGCGAAUUGAUUGUUUUUCUAAACCUUGCAGAUGA